AAAUUUAUAAACAGCAUUUGUGAGUCUUUAACGGAGUAAGGAGCUUUGACGUCUUAAGUAAAACAUACAAUAAUUAUUACUAACAGUUUCCACGAUUAGUGAAUAGUAAUGAAUAUGAAAAUCUUAGUGUUAAUAUCACUAGUAACGCAUAUCAAGUGUGCCUGGCAUUUUGACGCCCCUCCAAUAGCAGCAGUUUCCCCUUGUCCAGCGAAUGAUAAUAUAACAGCUAUAUACAUAAGUGACAAAGCGCCAGAAGACGAAAACAAAUACGAUGUGAAAUUUAAAUCGAAACUCCCAAAUUACUCACAAGUUUAUAUUCAAUUUGAUUCAGAAGCAUCGAUUAAGUUGGAACCCCCUUCUAGUAAGGCAGCUCGAGUUACCACGUCAGGGAAGUCUUUCCAAAUAACAUUCUUUAAAAACGCAGAUUCUCUAGAUUUCCAAGUAUCUGGACCACAUAUUGGAGUAAUACCUUAUAUCACCGGUUUCUAUGUUAAUGGUGAUGAAUAUUGCAGUAAUGCUUUAGUUGGUUAUUUCGAUAAUCUAGUCAAGGGAUAUAUGGAUUCAGCAUCGACGAAGAUAGAAGAGCCUGAUGAAUUUUGUGGCAGAAGAAAAAUUAAACAUACCGAGCUCAUUGUAAAUGGGGUAGACACGAAGCCAGGAGACUGGCCGUGGCAUGCUGCUAUAUUUAGAUUUGAAAAGAGAAUUUUCACUUACAUAUGCGGUGGGACUUUAUUAUCAAAAUCAUGGGUAUUGACAGCCGCACAUUGUGUCACAAUAAGAGGAAUUCCAGUAUUGCCAGAAAUAUUAAACGUUAUCCUUGGUAAAUACAAUUUAAUCGGAGGUGAUGUGGCAACUCAAGAAAAAGAGGUAUAUCAAAUUUUGGUACAUGAAGAUUUUACAUAUAGAAGUCUUGCAAGUGAUCUUGCUUUACUCAAAUUGAAAGUCGAAGCGACUUUUGAUGACUAUGUACAACCAGCUUGUGUAUGGCAUGAGAAGAUAUCGGAGAGAAUUUCAUCGGAUGUAACAGGAUCAGUUGUAGGAUGGGGUAUAGAUGAAUCCGAAAAUCUGUCAACGAAACUCCGUCAAGCGACGAUGCCGAUUGUAUCCGAAGCAAAGUGCAUUAAAAGAAAUCCUCUCUUUUACUCUAAAGUUCUUGAUGAUAGAAAAUUUUGUGCAGGACUACAAAAUGGAACAUCAGCAUGCAAUGGAGACAGCGGUGGUGGUUUCCACGUAUUCAUACCAGAUAAAGACGAUGAAGCUACUGGAGCGUGGUACAUCCGAGGAAUCGUAUCGCUUAGUGCAGCUCGACGUGAGGUCGCCCUCUGUGACCCGCAUCAAUACGUCGUAUUCACUGAUAUCAGCAAAUACGAACAAUGGGUCAAUAAAUAUGUAACAUCAAAAUAAUAUAAGAUAAUAAAGAUAAUUGAAAUU